UCCGACUAUUGGACUUACCGUCUGUGCAGUAGUGUUUCUGUCCGCAAAAUGGCCACAUCGUCCUUAUCGGGGAGUGGAUUUGACGAGCGCUCUAAGAAUAGCACCUCUCUUCCAUUGCCCACGGCAGCAGCAGUGGCACCAUCCAAUCUGUGGGGAAGCAGAAGUGGCAGAGGGAUAUCAUUGGCUACUUGGGUCAACGAACUCGUUGAGAAUGAUGAAGAGCUGCUGCCGACUAAAAAUAGAUGGAAAGGGAAGCGAAUGAGGGAGAGCCAAGGGUGUAACAUGUCUGCUGCUGGCUUAUGCCAUGGGGGUGGGGAGGAGGACUCCAUGGCCAAGAGACACCAUGUCCACCGGAGCUCUGGGGCUGCCUGCCAGUUGCAACUGUUGAAGAUGUGGGGUGAGGAUUUCUCCGCAGCAUCUGAACCUAGCAAACGGAACCUGUCCGUCUUUGCUGACGAAGACGACGUCAACGACUUCGGUGAACUUCGACAUGCAUCAGUGUCACGGCGUAGGCGGGAGAAAACUGGCGUCAUGCCGAACAUAACGAUUUCAGUCUCCGGCAGGUCACCUGGAAAAGGUAACCUCCAGUCAGUGGUUGUUGAGGAAAAUGACGAGGUAAAUGAUUUCAGUGGACUUGGAAGAGAUCCAGCGCCUCGGCUUAUUCAGGAGAAAAAAACUGAUACCAUGCUGAACACAGCGAUCCCAGCGUCUGGAAGACCACCUGGAGGAGGAGGAAAUAUUCUUCCUAUGGGCGAGGAUGAUCGCUUUGUUGUGCGCAAAGAUGAUCACUCCACUGUAAAGCAAGCGCACUCUCAACAGCGAUUCGACUAUAAACGAAGUGAGCGUGAGGAGGUAGUAGCACAAGAUACCACUGCCAGUGGUUGCCCUUCCAACCGUAGGAUAGAAGAGACCAAACGCACUGAUGACCGUCAGAUAUCCGUGACAGCCUUUCAAAGGCAACUUGAGGAGAUGCGCCGUAAGGAUUUGCCCUCUGCUUACAAUGUGGACGAGUUCCAAGCAUUUCCGAAGGAGGAUGACAUCAACGCUGUAGGAGAUUUCGACACACCACUUGUACAGCCGACACAGAUUGCCGGCAACCACCAUUUGUCUUCUUCAAAGGUGACAUCAUCAGGCCAAUCUCUUGCACCCCAGGAUGGUCCAGUGGAUGCUCCACAGACGCAUUCUUGUGGAGCGAGAUGCACUGCAGCCGGAAACCAUAAAGGCGGCAUUCAGAGAUUGAUGGACAUGCUUACGAGUCAAUGGCGUGAAUCAGAGCCGCCUGCUCCCAGAGAAGCAGUGUCCCCCUCUUCUCAGCUGCACGAUGGCACAAAGUCGAACUGCAUGAAGGAGACACAGAAUGAGUCUUGCAUGAACGAUACACAGAAUAAAUUGCUCUCAAGUCAGGGUCGUCAAGGUCGCACGUUGCUUCAGGAUCUGACGAGCCCCAUGCACUCCGAUUGCCAAAUGGAUACGGUAAUCGAAAGUACGGCAGGUAAUCAGAGGGAGGGGAGAAGACAGUCGCAGUUGGACCUUAAGAUAGAGGGGAGAAUACAGUCCCAGUGGGGGGGGCAGAGGGAGGGGAGAAGACUGUCCCAGCUGGACCAAUCGGAAGGGAGACGAGACUUGCGGUCUCAGUUGGACAGAGAGCAGCAUUCAUAUAGUCGGAUGGCCAAAGGCAUCAUUCCUAGGAUCGUAAGUAAUGCACUUGAGGAAAGACGGCACUGCCGCUCACAGUUUGAGCAGCACCUUGAGGUGCACCCUGCCGAUGGGAUCGCUAUCAGCGGCGAUAGAAAAGACGAUCAUGCUGAAGAAAGGGCACAACAUGCAUCUUACCGUGACACAUUGCCUGCUAAUCAGACGGCCGAAAGAGGUGAGCCUAAAAUCCUCCUUAGCCCCGAAACCGAUGCUCAGACGGAGGAGACAAGACGGAGGCAAUCUCAGUGCUGUGAUCAAAUACCUGUGAAUCAGAUUGCUGUGAGUGGGGGUAGAGCCAACCACACUGAGGGGCAGAGAUGGCACAGGGUAGAGCAUCAUUUUCAACAUCCAACGGCUGCGCGAGGUAAGCCAAAGGCCCUUCUAAACCCGGAAGCUGGUGCUGAGAUGAAGGGGGGAAAACGGCAUGAGUUGCAGUGGGACCAAACCCUGAGCAAUCGGAUUGCUGUAGAUGGCAGUAGAGAAAAUGACCAGGCGGAGGGAAGGAGAAGAGACAGGGUAGCACAUCUUCCGCAUCAUGUCAAUCAGCUUGCUGUUAGCUCUAGGAAUGAUGUUCAGAAAGAGGGGAGAGGUGGGCAUCAGUCGCAGUGUGGUCGAAGUCUUGUCGGUCAGAUAUCUGUAGGUGGAAGUGGAGAAAACGAUCACGCCGAGGGGCGAAGAUGGUGUAGGGUAGAGCAUCUUGAGCAUCUUGCCGAUCGCCUCGCUGCUAAGUGUAACAGUGAUGCUCAGGUGGAGGGGAGAAGACAAGACCAGUCACAAUGUUAUCUCGGUCCUGUCAAUCAGGCAACUGUAGGUGGCAGUAUGGAAGGCGACCGGAUUCCGCAUCAACGAUUGUCCAGGGUAGAGCAUCUUCAGCACCCUGCCAAUCGUAUCGCUGCUAGAUCUGGCACUGAUCUUCACAUGGAGGGGAGAAAACAUCAUCAUCAGUCACAGCAUUGCGAAAAUCCUGUUGAACCGAUUUGUGUGCGUGGUACAACCGAAAACAACCGAACCGAGGGGCAACACUGCUGCACAGUAGAGCAUCCCCACCGUCCUGCCGAUCACGAUGCUGUUAGCUCUCGUACUCUGUCAGUCGAGACUUCAGGUGGCGGCGUUCAUGAUAGGACAAGUCGAUUAUUGGCGGGUAGUUCACAUGAGCACGGCGAUGGUGGAGGAGCUUCACAUGGGGGAGGAGCUUCACAUGAGGUAGAGGAAAAUAUCGAAAGCGGCCCAAUGGCAGAGUAUCCAGAUGAUGAAGAGGAUUACGUGGCCGAUAAGAUCGGUCUGUCCUCGAGGCACAAAGACGGUGGCAAGCCUGCAACAUCUGACAAGGUACGGCUAUUCUCCACAGAGUGCAGAGGUGUGAGAGUAGCCAGCCUUUUGCUCGAUAAGACGAAAACGUCCAGUGUGAGAAGUGGCUGCCCGGGAAGUUCGGAGACGAGCAGCGACAUGAGAGAGAGGGGUUCAGAUGAUCCGGUGGCACCUGUGCUUGGAGUUGCGGCUCAGCUCCGCGAUCGACUGAAGCAAUCGAGGCCCUUGUGGGGGAAUAGCGAGAGCAGAGCGGGAGCGGGUGAGGAGGAGGCUCUACCUGCAGCAGGGACAGGGGGAGGGAGAGGACGCGGAGGCAGAGGUGGCCAUCCAGGAGAGGGUUGCCGUGCAGCGCCAUCCUCUCUUUUCGGUGCACUACAGAAGGCAUUGCAAGACGAAAAGCGUCGGCAACAACAGUUUUUGUUGUCGAAGGCAAAGUCGAUGGAAGAGUCUACCGCCGCCAGCGGGAAGAAUUGGGAAACUUCUGGUUUCCUUCUGGAGAAUUCCAUUGAUCUGCGCAUUGUUCGUAAGUCGCUUGAAGCGAAUCUGCUGAAGUGUGUGUGUGCAGUAUUGCGGUGUCCGGCGGAUUGGAACUGCAAUCCUACUUCAGCCAAUCGAUGUGGCAGGGGCGGAGGGGAAGGUGGUGGGACAUCUUGGAAUCGUAGUUCGCAAGUAAGGACAAAUAAGCAGCUUGUGGACCCAAUUGAGCGGGAGUCAGGUCAUUCAAACUCUCUCUCUUCACAGCAGGCACCGCAUGUUCAUGUGUUCUUCCAUGCCAAGUUCGGUCAUGAGCUGGAGCUUGAUGUCAUGUCUGUAAUCCGGCUCUAUAAACCUUGGAGAGAGAUUGUCCUUCCUUCUCUCGGGACAAAGGUUCUUGUUAGCACUCAUUCUGCGGAAGUGCUGCGAACAUGAUUAUUAAAUUUAUUAUGGCUCAACAAUGGAUUUCGAUUUGAUUUGAUUUUUGUUUUGGAAUUGCGUCGAUAGCAGCU